CCCAGGAAGUCUCGCGAGAACGAGCGGCGGCUGCCCUUGGACACCGGGAGCGGGUAGGCUGUACGGUGCGGGGCCAGGGGUGUGCAAUCAUGGCGCGGACGCUUCUUCAGCGAUACCUGGACAUACCCGAUGGCACCGAGUGCCACCGCAAGACCUACGCCAGCACCACAGUCAGUGGUGCCGCUGGCCUGAUCUUCUCUGCCUACAGUGUCACGCUCCAGCCCCCGGACUCCUUCCUAGAGGGAGUGGCGAGGACAGGGCGAUACACACUUACUGCAGCUGCCAUCGGCGCCAUAUUUGGCCUCACGUCCUGCCUCAGCGCUCAGGUCCGAGAGAAGCCCGAUGACCCCCUGAACUACUUCAUCGGAGGCUGUGCCGGAGGCCUGACCCUGGGAGCACGCACUCACAGCUACGGGAUCGGAGCCGCCGCCUGCGCGUACAUGGGCAUGACAGCCGCGCUGCUCAAGAUGGGCCAGCAGGAGGGCUGGAAGGUGUUUGUGGCGCCCAAGGUGUAGCCUGCC